ACUUAUUUCAUCACAUAAAUGCUUUUUUUUUCUUUUCUCUCACUAUCUCCUGACUAUAUAACACUUACAACACUAUGCCCUUAAGCUUUUCUCUGUAGUUCCUUUCUCUUAGGAGCAUAGACAAAUACCAGCUUGAAAGCUGGAAGAGAGGGAAUCAUGCCUUAUUCUUUCCUUGCAGCAAAUCUUAAGCUCCUAUACCCAACACCAUGGGAACAGCUGAAGUCUCCUUGUAUGUGGGAAGAAAUCAGCAUAUUUCUGCUAUUGGGAUUCUAUGGGAUUAUACUGCUAUACUUCAUCAAAAAAAUGACAUUUACAGUACAAAUGUAUACAUCAAAAGCUGCAGAAAAGGAUGCAGAGAUGUACCUUGAUAAUGCAAGACUCAGCCUGUGCUCGAAAACCAGCGUUAUUUCUUCCAUUUUGCUCCUGGGUGUGCAUUCGACUUCAUUAAUUUUGCUGAUAAAGGGGAGCGAGACUCCAUGCAAUCAAAAUCUUCCAGCUCUCGCAGCUAAAAUUUUACAGGUCAUAUCAUGGAUAAUCACGAUAAUUGUAUUAUGCAGGAUAUUAACUAAGAAUUACCUCAAUUUUCCCGGAAUUCUGAGGCUCUGGUGGGUUAUCAGCUUCCUGAUAUUAGCUUGUCAUAUUUCCAUUGAUUAUCAUUUCAUAAUGGAAAAUGAUGGUCAUCUGAGAAUACAAGAUUAUGCAGACCUUCUUGGGCUCCUUGCAUCAGUCAGUCUGUUGGUAAUUUCCAUUACAGGAAAGAUCAGGAUAGAGCGUGACGAUGAUGCAAGAAACAACUUGACAGAACCACUAAUUAAUGGAAAAAGUGAGAAAAUCCCUAAGGGAAAAAGUGAAUCACUUUACAGCAAAGCCACCCUUCUCGAUCUUGUUACCUUCUCGUGGCUCAACCCGUUGUUUGUGAUUGGGAAGAAGGCGGCACUUGAGCAGGAUGAGAUCCCGGAUGUUGAUGUGCAAGACUCUGCUGCUUUUCUCUCACACAGCUUUGGUGAGAGCCUCAAACGAGUCAAGGAGGAAGUAGGACCGAGCAGCAACCCAUCAGUGUACAAGGCAAUAUACUGCAUAGCAUGGAAGAAAGCAGCAGUAAAUGGGAUGUUUGCAGUAAUAAGUGCAUUUGCAUCAUAUGUUGGUCCAUACUUGAUCAAAGAUUUCGUGGAUUUCCUGAGUGUCAAGAAAAAAGGCAGCCUAAAUACAGGCUACCUCCUUGCUCUUGGCUUUCUAGGGGCCAAAAUGGUGGAGACAAUCGCACAGAGGCAGUGGAUUUUUGGGGCCCGGCAACUAGGGCUCCGCAUCAGAGCUGCUUUGAUAUCUCACAUAUACCAGAAGGGUCUAGUGUUGUCAUGUCAAGCGAGACAGAGUCACACCGGUGGAGAGAUCAUGAACUACAUGAGUGUCGAUGUUCAAAGAAUCACGGAUUUUGUAUGGUAUGUAAACACAGUGUGGAUGUUACCCAUACAAAUAUCAUUAGCAAUUUAUGUUCUGCAUACAAAUCUAGGUUUAGGGGCAUUUGCAGGAUUAGCGGCAACUUUAGUUGUUAUGUCUUGCAAUAUACCACUAACAAGAACUCAGAAAAGGUACCAAUCGCAUAUUAUGGAUGCCAAAGAUGCUCGGAUGAAAGCCACCUCAGAAGUCUUGCGUAACAUGAAGACCAUCAAACUUCAAGCAUGGGAUAAUCGAUUUCUUCAUAAUCUAGAAAGUUUGAGAAAUACUGAAUCUUCUUGGAUAUGGAAGUCAUUGAGAUUAGGGGCAAUUGGAGCCUUUAUUUUCUGGGGCUCACCGACUUUUAUUUCUAUAGUGACUUUCGGAUCUUGUGUUUUAAUGGGAAUACCACUCACAGCAGGAAGUGUUCUAUCUGCAUUAGCAACAUUCCGUAUGUUGCAGGAUCCGAUAUUUAGUCUCCCCGACUUACUCAAUGUUAUUGCACAAGCUAAAGUAUCAGCUGAUAGAGUUAGUUCUUUCCUUCAAGAAGAAGAAAUUCAGCAAGAUGCAAUCGAGUUUGUCUCAAAAGAUGAAACGCCGUAUGCUAUAGACAUAGAAGGGGGAGAAUUCAGCUGGGAUCCUAAUUCAAAAACACCCACCCUCGAUGGAGUAAACUUGAAGGUUACAAGGGGUAUGAAAGUAGCAAUAUGUGGGACAGUUGGAUCAGGAAAAUCCAGUUUGCUCUCUGGUGUAAUUGGAGAAAUUCCUAAGAUCACUGGUACUGUGAAGAUCAGUGGUUCUAAGGCCUAUGUUCCUCAAUCACCGUGGAUAUUGACAGGAAAUAUAAGAGAGAACAUACUAUUUGGGAAUCCUUAUGAUGCUGCUAAGUAUGACAGGACAAUUAAGGCAUGUGCUUUAUUAAAAGAUUUUGAGCUUUUCUCACAUGGUGACCUAACAGAAAUUGGAGAAAGAGGUAUUAAUAUGAGUGGGGGUCAGAAACAAAGGAUACAAAUUGCUCGUGCUGUCUACCAGGAUGCAGAUAUAUAUUUGCUUGAUGACCCUUUUAGUGCAGUUGAUGCACAUACAGGCACGCAACUAUUUCAGGAAUGUCUGAUGGGGGUUCUAAGAGACAAGACUAUCUUUUAUGUGACACAUCAAGUUGAAUUUUUACCAGCAGCGGACCUCAUUCUGGUCAUGCAAGAUGGGAGAAUCACACAAGCAGGAUGUUUUAAUGAACUUCUGAAACAGAAUAUCGGCUUUGAACUUUUGGUUGGAGCUCAUUGUCAAGCCCUUGAAUCUAUUGUUACAGCUGAAGGUACUUCCACUAGAAAUUCUCAAAGUAAUUCACCAGAAACUGCUGAUUCAAGUGCUGAACAAAUACAAACAAGAGAUGAAGACGAGGAUAACCUUUCUCCAGAAAUGAAGGAGAAGGGAGGGAGGCUGAUACAGGAUGAAGAGAGAGAGAAAGGAAGUAUAGGAAAGGAAGUUUAUUGGGCUUAUCUUACCAUUGUACAUCGUGGUCUUUUGGUUCCAGUGAUAAUUUUAGCACAGUCAUCUUUUCAAGUGUUGCAGAUAGCAAGUAAUUAUUGGAUGGCAUGGGCUUGUCCAACUUCAGGUGAUGCAGCACCUGUAGCUGGGAUGGACUAUGUCUUACUUGUGUAUGCCAUUCUUUCGAUCAUAAGCUCAUUUUGCGUCUUAGUACGAUCAACACUAUCAGCAAAAGCUGGGAUUCUUACUGCACAAAAGCUUUUUGAGAACAUGCUACAUAGUGUUAUGCGAUCUCCAAUGUCAUUUUUUGAUUCAACUCCAACUGGAAGAAUACUGAAUCGGGCAUCAUCUGACCAAAGUGUAUUGGACUUAGAAAUGGCACAAAGAUUAGGUUGGGCAGCUUUCUCAAUGAUCCAGCUUUUAGGCACCAUUGCAGUCAUGUCACAGGUUGCAUGGGAAGUCUUUCUCAUCUUCAUUCCAGUAACAGCAAUCUGCAUAUGGUACAAGCAAUACUACAUACCAACUGCACGGGAGCUAGCACGAUUAUCUGAAAUACAGAAAGCUCCAAUCCUUCAUCAUUUUGGAGAAUCACUCGCAGGGGCAGCAACUAUACGUGCAUUUGACCAAAAGGAUCGUUUUACCACUGCAAACCUUAUAUUAGUAGAUGGGUUUUCAAGACCAUGGUUCCACAAUGUAUCAGCAAUGGAGUGGCUUUCGUUCAGACUUAAUCAAUUGUCUAACUUUGUGUUUGCAUUCUCAUUGGUUUUGCUAGUGUCUCUUCCAGAUGGAAUUAUAAAUCCAAGCAUUGCAGGUCUAGCGGUAACAUAUGGUAUAAAUUUGAAUGUCUUGCAAGCUUCAGUCAUAUGGAAUAUAUGUAAUGCGGAAAAUAAAAUGAUAUCAGUGGAAAGGGUUCUUCAGUACACAAAGCUUACAAGUGAGGCCCCUCUCAUCGUUGAUGAUUGCAGACCACCAAACAACUGGCCAAGUACAGGAACAAUAUGUUUCCAGAACUUGCAGAUACGUUACGCUGAACAUCUCCCCUCCGUCUUGAAAAACAUAACUUGUACAUUCCCUGGAAAGAAAAAGAUCGGUGUAGUAGGAAGGACAGGCAGCGGAAAGUCAACACUCAUACAAGCUAUAUUCCGCAUAGUGGAACCAAGGCAAGGGACUAUCAUGAUUGAUGACGUAGAUAUCUGCAAGAUAGGUCUUCAAGACUUAAGAUCAAGACUCAGCAUCAUUCCACAAGAUCCAACCAUGUUUGAUGGCACAGUUCGAGGAAACCUUGACCCACUUCAGCAGUACUCCGACAGCGAAAUAUGGGAGGCAUUGGACAAAUGUCAACUAGGAGACCUUGUACGGGCAAAGGAAGGAAGGUUGGAAUCCACAGUGGUUGAAAAUGGAGAAAAUUGGAGCGUUGGUCAAAGACAACUAUUCUGCCUAGGAAGGGCACUUUUAAAGCAUAGUAGUAUUUUGGUUCUAGAUGAAGCAACAGCAUCAGUUGAUUCAGCUACUGAUGGCGUAAUUCAGAAAAUUAUCAGCCAUGAAUUCAGAGAUCGAACAAUAGUCACAAUAGCUCAUAGAAUACACACGGUUGUAGAUAGUGAUCUUGUCCUGGUCCUCAGUGAUGGAAGGAUCGCAGAAUAUGAUACACCAUCAAAGCUCCUAGAAAGAGAAGAUUCAUUUUUCUCCCGCUUGAUUAGGGAGUACUCUACAAGAUCACAGAGUUUUAACAGCUUGUCACAACUCAAAGGCUAAAAGUACUAAAAAAGUACAACAUCAAAGGAAGAGAAGAAUGAAACACUAUAGCCGCAUAAGGAUGACAACAAUGCCCAUACAACAAUCUCUUGAAGACUCAGCAUUAGCAUGCUCUUUCAUAUUAGAAACGAAGCAAGAGAAAAUGAUGGAUAAUACGUACUUACUGCUUCCCCCGCCGUGCUUUCACUACCCCUAAUAGCUUUUCUACCGAAUUGUACUAUGAUACAUUCUAUAUAACUAUGUCAUACAUAUAGUUGCAUAUCACAACGGCAUUUUUGUGAUUUUGGGAAAAGUGACAGACAUUCCAGGGAUUCUAAGGAAAGAUCAGAGGGUAUUAUUGUAUUAAGGAAAUCCAUUAUAAGGUUUAACCCCAACUUUCCCCAAAAUAAUUCAAAAUGUCACUCUGAUAUGCACUAUUUGCAUAUCACGAUUAUAAACGACUCGUUUCUCCUCUUUGA